AUGGCUGCGUCCAGAGGGCUCAUGACGCCCGUCAACGAGACCGAACACUCGGUCAGCCGCAUCAGUCGCGAGGGCAAGAAGAUCACCUACAACUUGAAGGUCAUCCAACAACCCGAGCGAGCUCGUGCUUGCGGUGCCGGAGCAAAGUCCUCCGCCGACCGUCGUCCCGUCGAUCCUCCACCGGUCGUGGAGCUACGCGUUUUCGAAGCCGACCCGGAAAAUGACAUGAACCAGAUCGACAUUACUUUCGCUUACAACGCCAACUUCUUUUUGUUCGCAACUCUCGACAAUGCCCGUCCCAUCGCCCAUGGCCGCGUCGACGGCCAGCCUCCUACCUGCCCCGUCCUGACCGGUGUCCCUGUCGCCGGCAUUGCCUAUCUGGAUCGCCCUUCCCAGGCUGGCUACUUCAUCUUCCCGGAUCUGUCUGUUCGCCAUGAAGGAUUCUAUCGCCUCAACUUCAACCUGUACGAAGAAGUCAAGGAUGGAAAGGAUCUGGAUAAGGACACGCCCAUGCCGUCGCGCGAGAGCCUCGCCCCAUCGAGCAAACCUACUGCUCCCAAGACCUUCCUGAACUUUAGACUCGAGGUCAAGUCGACCCCUUUCCAGGUUUACAGUGCGAAGAAGUUUCCCGGUCUUGCUACCAGUACCGCGCUCAGCCGCGUUGUCGCCGAACAGGGCUGCCGUGUGCGUAUUCGACGUGAUGUGCGCAUGAGACGCCGUGGCGAAAAGAGUGGCAAGGACUAUGGGGAGUUUGAAGACGACCGUUACACCCGGUCUCCACGAUACACCACCCCUAGUCCGAUUGAACGUCCGCGCUCGACGAGCAACAGCACGGUCGAAACCGCGUACCCUUAUGCAGCCCAACCACAGCGACGCGAUUCCAUCCCAGACUUUCACGCUUCCCAGGCUCUCCCACCACCACCACCGCCUCAUUCGACCUUCCAGCAUCCUGUUGGCCCUCCGCCUCCUCCUGCUCCAUCUGCAAAUGCUCCUGGCUACCUGUCUUUUGGGUCCGCUCCGUCUUACCAGACACCUCAACUGCCCGCUACUCCAGGUGGUCCUCCUACGCCUGUGUUUGCUCAUUCUACGCCGCCACACUCACGGCAUUCAUCCAACACGUCCGAACGAGAGACGAUUUCCCAGCCAUAUCCCUCUCGCUCUCAUCUGCCUCCGAUCUUGAACCCGAAACCAGUGGAUCCUCCUGCUUUUGGAGACCACAUGGCCGACCGAAUAACAUAUCAGCCGUCGCAGCCAACGGCUCGUCCUCGCACGCCGUCGCUUAUGCUGCCGCCGAUCAGCUCGCUGGGUCAGUUUUCGUCUCCUGCUAUGCAUGAGAGUGCUCAACGGAAACCGCCAUUCUACCCGAUCGAGACGUCUUUGUCGAAACGGUCGCACGACGAUUCUUUUGGCCGUGGCGAACAUCUUGCACACAAGAGCAUCCGCUCUGAAAAUGAACAUGCUGUCUAUGCAGGGAAACGCGAUACCUUGGAAGCUGCCCCACGCUGGGAGGGCUCGUCAAUGGAAUAUCGACGUGCGAACGGAACUAUGACUACCAAGAAAUCGUACUACAUCGACGUCGAAGUCGAGUUUGAUUCACUACAAACAGAUCCGCUGCUGCAGCGAUCGCUUCUUUACUCAGACCCAAACACGGACACGGAAAUUUACCAGGACAACUUUGACGAAGACGACAUUUCCAGAAUUCGCACGAGUUUAGACGAAGAAGAAACAACAGGCAUGAGCGUCGACCGACACAACAACAACAAAAACAGCAACAGCAACAACAAACGCAAACUCUCGCUCAUCGAGCUGUCCUCCUCCGACGCAGCGUAUUUGUCGUCGUCAGACACGUCUGGCCGGUUCGACGAUGCGAAUGAGUCUGACGCUGGCAUUGCCGAUCUAAGCGAUCCUCUUUCAACAAGCAAAAUGGUAGCUGUCACGCCAGUUGCUCUUGCAGACGAUGAAGAAAAACUCGAAACGCGCUCCGUCCACUCUGCCAAACGCGGACGCUCGAAUAACUGGCCCUUGCAAAACGAAAUUGCAUACGACGAGAACGGAAUGCGCAUUGAGCGGGCAGCCGCAAAGCAUGUCCCACCACCAGUAGGAAAAACAAGUACAGAAGUACGCCAGUCACGGUUCAUCGAGGGUAGUAUGAACGACCGCAUCAGCCAGAAACCGCCGAGUAUUUUCUUUCAAGACGAGCUGCUGCCACAAACAGCACAAAUCGAAGACGACAGCAACAACAACAACAAAAAACAUGUCGAAAAGAGAUCGUCGGGUAUUUUCCGUUUUGGGAAAGCCAUUGCAUCCGCGUUUCACCCGUUUGGCGCUUGGAAUGGUAGCAACAACAGCAGCAACAACAAUGCUAGCAGUAACACAAAUGCAGGAAAAUCGCAAAAAGAUGUAAUGAAGCAGCGCCAAGUACGCGCCGAAAAGGCCUACGCCGAGCUCAAAAAGUCUGGCUUCAAGGGUACUUCUUCUUCUUCUUCUGCUGCUGCUGCUGCAGGAAACCACAAAGUCGAUGCCAACAUUGCCGACCAAACAUGGAAAGCAAUCCAAGACAAAAUGGACUACAAAUUGGUACCUAGCGGCGGCGAAAAAAGCAGUCGCAUCUCACAAGACGACACGCUUAUCGCAGAACCACUCAAAAGCGUGUCCAAACUAAAAUCCUUUUCUGAGCUGCGCAAACGUACAUCAACACUGAGUAUUCCGGCGGCGAUGCGUGUUGUUCGCGACGUUUCGUCACCGGUUAAUCUACAGGUGUCGGAGGAGCAUGAUGGCACAGAGCAACAUCGGAUUGAGCGUCGCCAAUCGCGCAAAGAGUUGAAUCGGCAGGCAAAACUGUUGAAGAGGGUGAGCAAUCUCGAAGACAAACUGCUGCGGGCACGACGCGAGUUGCGCGAGUUUUCUGUCCUGGAACAACAGCAGCAGCAGCAGCAGCAACAACAACAAGUUGUAGUGCCGACUAUCUGUGUGGACGAUUGUGUGGACGACUGCGUGGAUAUUGUCAAACACAGGCAGACGCUUCCGACAGUUCCUUCAGAGAGAGUGCUUGAGGAGCAGGGCAUGCUACUUUGCGAGGCAGAGUCGGUGGCCCCAGCACAGCAAAAAGCCAAAUGGCCUCCUGUCGACAGUCUCUCGCGCAAACGCAAACCCAACAUUGGCAAUACUGAACUCGUGCCUGCCGCAGAACUUACUGACCAAGACGUGGAAAUGGAAAUGGAAGACUUUGAUGCCGACUGCGGAAAACCCAGUAGCAAUAAUAUCACCACCACCACCACCACAACAACAACAAUUACAACACCCAAAAAGUCCAAGACCAAAACCAAGUCUGAAAGCAAGGACAAAACCCCAAACAAACUCAAAUCAAACCGUGACAAGCGCGCUUCCAGUCUGACGACCAAGGCUAGUCAGAGAUUGAAAGCGAAGCAGUCCUCGCGGAAUCUACGUCAGACCAGCACUACACCGAAUCACGACGCUGGUGAUGGUGAAGGGUACAGGCCGCUGCAGCAGUUGCAGCAGCAACAAGACGGAAAUAAUAAUGCAUCUCGCUCUCCUGCCUCUGUUUCUGCUACUGCUACUGCUGCUACAACAACCGGAGAAUGGAUGUACGAAGGCGCUGAAAACAUCCCUCCAGUCCCUCCAGUCCCCAAGGAGCUCUUGCAAUCUGCUAAUGCCAACAGCAAAGAAGCAAAUAAGGGCGGUAUCAAAACAGGCAAAGACUCAAAACGGAUUCCGUCGCGCGAGUUUGCAUGGCCAGAGGAUAUUUUCUGA